UUUAAAGUAGGCGAUAGUUUUCAUGUUACAAAAGCAACGUAGGGAAUUUUCAAAAAUUCGUUAAAAGCGUAUGAAACAGAGCUCUAAUUGUGUAAUUCUUUAACUUUCUGACUAAUUCUAAUUUUAAGAGAAAUAAUGGGCGAUUGCGUUAAGCAUAGUGUUGUUUUAUUAAAAUCACAAACUCAAGAUGAUUCUUACGAUGAACGGCCAAAUUUGGAAGCGAUCUAUAUAAAUCCUGUAACAUAUGUCUUUAAGAAUAUACCACGGUUGCGAGCAAAACUCCUGAAUCCCCAUAAAUAUGCAGGAAUAAUUUUAUGCGCUCCACGUUGUGUUUAUGCUGUGAACGAAGCUCUCCAAAAGGAUCCCUUGCCCACGUGCUGGCGUCCUUUGCACAAUUAUGCCCUAGGAAAAAAUACACGAAAUAUGGCCUACUAUUCACUACAGAACUUACCCACCAUGGGUGUAAGUGCUUGUAGUGCUCAUAAUCUAUGCGAUUUAAUUAGAGAGACAUUCGGCCCCAAGCGUGAUCUUCCAUUCCUUUUGCCAUGUGGCAAUCUGGCCAGUAAUACAUUACAUCUGCGUCUGGUGGCUCAGGGUUUUCGAGUGGAUAGCUGCGAAUGCUUUGAGAGUCAAUGUCAUCCACACUUUAUGAAUUCCAUGAAACAGGCCCUCAAACUCAAGAAAUUGGAAACUAUUGUCUUUUUCUCACCGGCAAGCGUGAAAAGUGGUGCAGAAUUUAUCAAAAAGUAUUCAGUUUCAAUUGAAGAUCGUAAACUCAUAGCUGUAGGUCGCCAAACCCAGAAGGCCAUGUUGGAGUCUGGUCUCAAAAUCCAUCGUCUAGUUGAAUCGCCCCUUGAGGAAUCGGUAGUUAAUGCCAUAAUCAAUUAAAAACAUUUAUUUUCGACUUGAAGAAAGCUAAAUUCUGGUGCAUACAAACCUUUUAAGGUUUUGACAUUUAAUGUAAUUAAUAAUAUUUGAAUUAUAAGAAAUUAUGAAGAAA